UUAAUGACGAUCCCAGUAUAAUACGGCGGUAGGCUCACAGUCUUACCAGAUGAGCGUCACAUAAGCCGCUGGAACGGUCAGUGUUGAACAUUCUUUAUCCUAGAUAUUACGAUAGUGAGAAUAAAUACAAAAUCAUGGUGGACAAAUUUCUUGCAAAAUGGAAAGCCGAUAUCGAUUCCUACAAAAAUUUCGACGCUGCAAUGAUAGCUAUGGAACUUGACCCCAAAGCCCGUGAAGUAUUCAAGACGUGUGCGGGAACGUUGGAGUACAAGAAAGACGGUGAUACGUGGACAGCCUUAGCCGGAAUAGAAGGACUAGGGUUACGGGAAUAUGUUUACAAACUUGGAGAAGAAAUUGACGGAGUAGGUCUAGACGGAGUUUCGUUGAAGACUACAUCACAUCUAGAGGGCGAUGCUUUGAUAGAGCAUUCCACUUCACAGAAAACCGGUAUUCCCAUCACGAUAACCCGCCGUGUGACCGGAGAUGGAAACACUUUGGAUUGUACUCUUCACGUACAUGUAGAUCCAAAAGUUGCCGAGAUGACCUACACAAUGACGAAAAUUUGAAUUCGGAACCACUUAAAUGACUUGGAAUGGUCGCACUAAUUAUCCAGUGAAUGUUGUGUGCGUAACGUAACAAUGGCGCUUGGUGACGUGACAGGGCAAUUACAUAUUGUGCUAAUUGGUAUUCAGUGAAGUGUCUCCGUGAAAUCUACAUUUCUUGAUUUUGAUGUUAAAAUGUCAUCGUAAAAUUGUGGUUCCCUGAAUUUCAACUUUCUUUGGCCAGUUAUGUAUAGAGCCAUUGUUUGUAUAUAACAUUUAAGGGUCUAAUAAUCUAAUAGUCUACUUCGUCUAUGGUCUACACCGUUGUUAUUUUACAAUUUUACAAUUGUAUAAUUGUCGUUAGAAUCCAAGCAAAUUAUCAGUUACACAGACAAAACAUUCUUCUAAAUAUAUUAUACUCAAUAUGAAUGCCGGCUGCAGUUUUGUCCAGCCUACGAUAGAAAGACUUCAUGGAAGGUUAUCUUAAUCAAAUGGCACUGCUGUGGUUUUGAGACUACAAACGAUGAGUUUGAAAAUGUUUUUAAAGUUUCUGGUCAAAGGAACGAUAACUCUGGGAAGCUUGGCGACAAUGCACAAUCUCAUAUCGGUAAUAACCAUCAUCAUUCAACUUCGGGAACUACAGAAGUGGUAUUGUCGCACUUAUCAAGAUAUGGCAUCAAUAGUGAUAAUGUGAUAAUGACUUUCAUUAGUUUUCAAUCUUAAUAAUGGCUAUCGUUCUACUUUCGUCAUAAUUCUUUUUCAUUUGGUACUGUAAAAUUUUGAUCGAGGAACUCAAAUUCAUAUUAUAGAUUUCGUAUAUGUUCCAAAGCAGUGAAAUGUUGUAAUGCCGUUUGUAAUGUAUCAGUUCGACAGCAAUAUUUAUUUUGAAACAUUUUUUCAGUGUCCGAAUAAAUGGCAUAAAAGUCGAA